AUGGCAGGAGAAAGUAGUUUUGUGCAGCCAGCCAUUCCUAAGCUUGAUGGGCACUAUGAUCAUUGGAGCAUGCUGAUGGAGAAUUUUCUGCGAUCCAAAGAAUACUGGAGUUUGAUAGAAAUUGGGGUUCCUGCAGUAGCAGAAGGAGUGGAUCCUACAGAGGUACAGAAGAAGACAAUCGAAGAUCUAAGGCUAAAGGAUCUUAAGGCAAAGAAUUAUCUGUUUCAAGCCAUCGAUCGAUCGAUCUUGGAGACAAUUUUGAAAAAGGAUACAGCAAAAGACAUUUGGGACUCCUUGAAGCAAAAAUAUCAAGGCACGGCUCGGGUCAAACGUGCACAGUUGCAAGCUCUUCGCAAAGAGUUUGAAGUACUCCACAUGAGGGUGGAUGAGUCUGUUAAUGGGUACUUUGCUCGAACUCUCACCAUUGCCAACAAGAUGAGAGUGCACGGUGAACAGAUGGGUGAUGUGGUGGUCAUCGAGAAAAUCUUAAGAUCCAUGACUCCAAAGUUUGAUUAUGUUGUGUGCUCCAUUGAGGAAUCAAAUGAUAUAGACAGUUUGUCCAUUGACGAACUUCAAAGCAGUCUGUUGGUUCAUGAGCAAAGAAUGUGUAGGCAUACUGAGGAUGAACAAGCACUACAAGUUACGAAUGAUGGAGGACGAAGAGGAGGCCGUAGUUCUUACCGCGGAAGAGGAAGAGGACGUGGUCGAUCGGGAUUUGACAAAUCCACAGUGGAAUGCUAUCACUGUCACAGGCUUGGCCAUUUUCAAUAG